AUGAUGUCUCACACUAGGAGAAUUUCUGCACCAAAUGCAGCAGGAUCAGCUGGGUCUGGGUCUCGUUGUUCUUUGACUGCUGUUGAAGAAGCUGCUUUAUGUCUUGUUGCAAUAUCUAAGGGAGAGAGGCCAGUGAAUUCUGAGAACUGGAAUUCUAUUGAUCGUUUGCUAGCGACUCCAUAUGGUAAACGUAAAUAUUACCAAACAGAUUUUGAUUCUGAUUCUGAUGAUGAUAAAGCUGUCAAAUAUAAGUCUAUGGCUGAGCUUCUCACUUCAAACGUUGAAACCCCAACACACAACAAUGAUGAAGCAUAUUUAGUUGCGAGAGAGAAUAAGGGUAAGAAAAAAAUUGAGUGUGAUGCAUGUGGAAAAGUAUUGGGUUCGUAUCAGGCAUUAGGUGGUCAUCGAUCGAACCAGAAGUGCAAACGGUUGAAGAUUUGCCACAAGAAGGAUCAAGACGGACGUCACGAAUGUGAUGUCUGCGGCAGAGUAUUUGAAUCUGGGCAAGCACUUGGUGGUCACAUGAAGGCUCAUCUCAUCUAA